AUGAAAGCGACAAUCCCAACUAUUGCCGCUUUCUCCACUGCCUUUUCCAGUACGUUUGGAAGCUCGAUCGCCGUCGGGGUUCAGGAUGCCAUUACCGCCAAGUUUGAAGUUAUACCGUCAAAAGGAACACUUAUCGUAUCUUUGUACCUAGUCGGCUGUGCUAUGGGGCCAUUUAUCUAUGCACCUAUGGGCGAGAUAUUCGGCCGAAAGUAUGCAUUAGGUACCGGCGUCACCCUCAUGUUCAUCUUCGCCGCCGCAUCGGCCGCGGCGCCCAACUGGAACUCUUUGCUGGCUUUUCGAGUUCUAGCAGGCUUGGGCGCCUCAGCCCCCAUGAUCGUCUCGGGUGGUAUUUUGGCCGACAUUUUCAAGGAUCCAGCCAUCCGUGGUUACAUUAUCACCGGUCUGAUGGUUGCCAUCACUCUUGGCUCCCUCAACCCCUUAAUCAUAUCUCUACAGGUCAUGGCACGAUGGCCCGACUCUUGGUUGCUAUGCUUUUGGAUUCACACGGCCAUCUCUGGACUUUCGUGGUUGAUAGUACUCAUUAUGCCUGAGACAAACACCGUCUCAAAGACGCCGUCUGGUGCCCAACAUAAUCACCCAGCUUCAGCAAUGCUCCAAAGACUCCUGCUUCCGACUCGAAUGGCUCUUUUUGAGCCUAUAGUGGUGGCCACAUGCCUGUUUCUAAGCCUCCAGUACUCGAUAUUCUACCUUGCGGGAAACUCGGGCGUAUUGUUCAUUCCCUUCUGCGUCGGGACAAUAUUUGCUGCCUCAGUCUACAUAGUCGUUGACCCAGUUCUAGGGUUUGCUGCAACCAAGAAGACCAGGGCCGGUGCUUAUCCAGAGAGCCGUCGACUUCCUCCGGCAUACCUUGGAGGUUUCAUCAUCGUUCUAGCCCUAUUUCUUAUGGGGUACUGCAUAGGAAACAAAGUACACUUUGGUUACCCUCUUUUCUUAGAGGGGAUGUUUGGGUGUGGCUUCCUCUUGAUAUUCAUCGGCCUUACAAACUACAUAGUUGAUGCUUACCAGACCCUAGCUUCUUCUGCGCUCGCCUCGUCUUUCGUUAAUCGAAACAUCAUGGGAGCUGCCUUACCGUUUGUAUCAGAACCAAUGCGACGCAAUUUAGAAGAAAGAUGGUCAUUUUAUCUACUUGGAUUUCUCAGUCUUCCCCUUGCAUGCAUCGUAUGUGGGUUUCAACUCUAUGGUCCUCAUUUGAGGCUUCAGAGCCCCUUGUGUCAGAGCUUGGUGACUCCAUACGGUACAGAUGUGCAGCUGACUAGGAUCAAGUCUUAG